CUCCUGCCGCCGCCGAUCGCGCUCCCGCCGCCUGCCUGCCUCCUCUUGCAGGUGUGACAGCACCAGGGACCCGCGGGUGGGACCGACGCCGCCGAGACGCCUCCGCGCUCCUCUUCCUUCCCAGCUUUUCGGUGGGGACUAAAGUGUGACCCUCCGUCGAACACCAUAUAUGCUUCAGCACUUGGAUGCUUCAAGGCAUGGAUGGGAAGAAAUGCAGUGUAUGGAUGUUCUUACCUCUUGUGUUGACAGUGUUUACCUCAGCAGGACUGUGGAUUGUGUAUUUUAUAGCAGUAGAAGACAACAACAUUAUUCCGCUAAAUGUGCUGGACAGGAAGGAAGGUCCCCAAAAACCUCCUUAUAUAAGUAUUGCAGGUGACGCCCCUCCUGCAAGCUGUGUGUUUAGCCAAGUCAUGAACAUGGCAGCAUUUCUAGCACUUGUCGUGGCUGUCCUUCGCUUUAUUCAGCUAAAACCAAAAGUUUUGAAUCCCUGGCUCAAUGUGAUUGGCCUGGUGGCGUUGUGCUUGGCCUCCUUCGGAAUGACUUUACUGGGCAAUUUCCAGCUUUCGAACGAUGAAGAAAUCCAUAAUGUGGGCACAUCCCUGACGUUUGGUUUCGGCACCCUGGCCUGCUGGAUUCAGUCUGCCCUAACGCUCAAAGUAAACUUGAAGAAUGAAGGAAGGAAAGCUGGGAUCCCACGAGUCGUCUUGUCGGCAGCGAUAACCCUCUGCGUCGUCCUUUAUUUCAUCUUGAUGUCCCAGAAGUUCCACAUGCACGCUGCGCGGAUACAGUGGGGAAUGGUGAUGUGCUUCCUCUGCUACUUCGGCUCCUUUGCUGUGGAGUUCAGACACUACCGCUUCGAGAUCAUCUGCUCCGAGUACCAGGAGAACUUCCUCAGCUUUUCCGAAAGCCUCUCCGAAGCGUCCGAGUACCAAACAGAUCAGGUGUAACCCAGAGGACUCUCUCUUUCCUUUUGUCAUGGCGUUAGGUUCCUGUAGACACAUGGUUGAACCCCUGGUCCCAUUCCUCCUCCUUUUCUUUUUUUUAAUACUUGUUCGUUUUCCACGCCUACAAGUUGCCAAAAAGUAUUCACCCCCAACCCCCCCAGAUCUAGGCAUUUUAAGAGACACAGAACUGCCACCACCCUCUGUGCCUCUUUCCCCCACUUCCUCAUGAUGUAUUUUGCAACGUAAUACCAGCCUGUGCAUUACCCCAGGCACCUCUCAUCGUUGGCCGGCAGAAGCGGGCGAAGACGCAGUCACAGCCUAUUCUGUGUCAUGUUAUGGAGGUUGCAAGAGGCAGCAAAGAGAUGUGGGGCCGCCUUAGGAGGUCUAGUCCCACCCUAAGGGAGCCUAGGAAAGGUCUUGUAAAUUCCUUGGUGCAGCUGCAAUACAGAACAAGAUUGGCACCUUUGUUGCUAAUAGGCCUGGCUGUGCAUCAGCUUCCUGAACUCCCCCCUAAAUGCAAACUUUGAACUGCAGGAAGGGCUCCCAGAAAAGGUAGCUGCCUCCCCUCACUCUCAUCCCUAGUGCACCAGGGAAUUUGCUCCCAGCCUGUGUCAGUCCCUGCGAUCUAGGGAGGUCCUUCAUUUCUAGAUUUGUUGCUCGAUUGGGAAACAUGGAAGCUGCAGCUUCUAGUGCAGGCGCCCCCAACAUGCGGCCCUCCAAAUAUUUUGGCCUACAACUCCCAUGACCCCUAGGUAACAGGACCAGUGGUCAGAGGUGAUGGGAAUUGUAGUCCAAAACAUCUGGAGGGCCAAAGGUUGGGGAUGCCUGUUCUAGUGUCUGUCUACCUCCGUUCCUUCCUUCCACCUUCCCCACCCCCUACCCAGCCAAUCGCAGCAAGCAGGUCUCUGAAGAUGCAGGCAUGGAUCAGCUGCAUGCAUGCGUGGAAGGAAGAUGAGGAGCCACAGCUACUUAGGUCUCCUGCUUCAGAUGCAGAUUUAAGAGGUUACCCCCAAGCUGCAGCCUGCUAUUGCAUUUCCUCCCUCCUUAAUGCAUGGGCACACGCCUUUUAAAAGCGGAGGGGCCUUGCUGGAAGGGGGAAAGCUGGGAAUCCUCGAAGCAGCCGCCUACUAACUAACGCAUCAGGGAGAGGGGGAGAGGGGACCUCUCACUCUUCUCCUGAAACUCAGGGGUUAGGGGUACCACCUUUCCCCUAAAUGUUAGGGCUUUUGUGGUUUUCAGAACCAUGCUGAAAUACUGCAGGUGACACUUUGCUGGCUAGGAGGAGGAGGAAUGAAGUUCACCCACGGACUAUCUACGUUUUUAAAUAAAUGCAGCCAACACUCCUUAGUACUUUUCUCCUGCUGCUGACGGGCAUGGGGUUUGGUUCAGGGCUUCCAAGUUAAAUGAUUGGAAAUGAAUGCAUGGUCAAAACAUGGGACAGUAUCCUAUGAUUGCAUUGGGCCAAAGUCUGCUAUUGGACAUGGACUAUUUUGCCUUUUUAAAUUUUUUUAAAUCCACUUCACUAUGUAAAGUACACAAAUGC